GCAGCCAUUUUGUGUCGACGUCACACGUUUGGCUUCCCUACCGGUCAGAGUAGGCCAAGAACGACGAGCUAAGGAUAUCUGUCGGUCGCUCAUGCACGAGCUGAUAGCAAAAGCCACAGAUGUCUAAGAAACGGAGUGGGAAAGAUAGUCUUCCAGUAAGCAACAGCGACGAAGAUGUCAUUGUCCUUGAUGUGGACGAGUCAUCCACUGAUGAUUUGUUUCCCGAUAUUUCAGUAACGAACAAGAAAACGCCCUCGCAUCAUCACCACCACAUCACCAAUUGCAGGCCGUCUGCAUCAACUGGGGUUGACUUUGACAGAACAGUAUGUGAGAGGCCAGCUAGCAUGGACGCAGCAAUGCAUGGUCCCAAAAGGUGUGGCCCCUCGGCAUCACAUAAUGGGGAUUUGGUAUCUCCAAAGACAGGUGGUGUGGCCAAACCUGCAAACCAGUCUAUAACAGUUGCCACUCAGAGACACGGCAUACUUUUAUGGAACCCCCCUCCCACUGGGAAAAAGAAACCUCCGCAAAAGGGUACUCUGUUGUCUCCCACUCGCACACCAGGACUGCCAGGCUCUUCUCUUCCGGAGAGAAAUGUGCAGUUAGCUGGCCGUAGUGACUCGGCUAGAAAGGUAGGCAAAGCUAGAGCGCCCCAACACACCGACUAUGGAUUCUCAGCAUUCAGGGAGGUUCUUGGAUUGUAUGGACCUCUUCACACCAUCUCCAGCUGGUGAGAGAGAGAGACAUAAGCAACCAAGCAUCACUCCAACAGCUAAGCAACCAAACCUCACUCCGAGGGCUGGGGAUGGGAUAGAGAUGUCGGGAAAGAGACAUAAGAUCUUUGCCACCGCCGGGACUCUAGUAAGGGCAAAGAUUGGCGAAAAAAGGCCUCGGAAACACUCAAGUGAGUUUGAGAGAGGAAAGAAAGUCCCUCCCGGUUCAGGAAAAACUGCCCGCCUUCAUCCUGGAGUAGGAUCUAGUGUACCCACUGCUAAUAAGGAAAAAUCGCUACAAACAGGUUCGAAGGCAUUGUCACCAACAGCUGUGACAGAAAUACCUUGCUCUUUGGUUAAACAUGGCUGCCAGUCAGCAAGAGGGGGCACCCAAUCGACCACACGUGGAGAAUUAGAUGAGAGUAUGCCACCUGCUGGCUCAGUCGCCUCCAAGCCUGUGUCCCAGGUGCCCCGGUCUCCUCAGCCCUUUGCCAAGACGGCUCCCAAGAACCCCAAGCUCUCCCAAACGGCCCUUCCUCAAACCAAGAAAGUUAGAAAGCCUAGUCUUUCUGCUACUACGUCAAAAACACCAUUAAGUCCGCCAUCUGUUUUACCGAGACACUCUUCUGCACCAAAAAUUAUAACGUUACAACACUUGCAGCAAAAUGACUCAAAUGGUUCCAGCCUAAACAAAGACUCUGAAACGGAAACAUCGUCUUCUAUAUUCGACUUCAAUGAAAACGAUCUUUUCGAGGUUCUAGACUCGGUUGAAUCGGAGAGUAUUUGCAGUGCAUAUAACCAAAGCGAUGGUAAGUCUGUAGGCGUGAACAAACCGACAUCUGAGUCCUCCCAAUCCUCCAAAUUAGUCACAAGUCACACCUGUAAGUCUCCUUCAGACUCACGUGUACACGAUUUCACACAGUCUUUUGUGAAGCGGAAGAGGAAGAAGCCACAGGUGGCAAGAAAAUCCACAACUUUGAACGGACAGAGGUUGUAUAAGCAUCCGCUGAGGGGGAGGGGUCGUAUACCUAUGCAACAGUACUGCACCAUCAGUUUGCCCCACCUCCAGAAUUCCAUUGUGCAGAAGGCAAGAAAUGAUUUUGCUAAGUAUAAGCAGUCUAAAAAACAGGCAUCAGCGAUCACUGCCCAAGUAGGACUACUGAAAUCGACGAAGAAAAGAGAAAAAAAGUUGAGGAAUCCUAGCUCCACCACUGCGGCUAAAAGGAUCAAGUUGUCCUCUGACUUUCUAGCCAGCCAGCCAGCCGCUGUUGAUCCCAACACAAGCCCUCCAGUCCAGCCUGCAUCUCUGCCUCAAACUGCACAAUCUAACACAUCCGUACAGAUUCCUCAAACCGAGCAAUCUCAGGAAAAGGGCCAAAAGGGAAGUUGGAAGCCAAAGGAAAAAGGUGCAACAGCUUCAAAAAAGGCAGUUCAGGUGGCAUGUCGACCACAGGCACCCAAGCCAGUUAUGCAAACCCAAGCAGAAAAACAUAGCCUGGGCGAGAAAAAUAAUCCUCGUAAAAAGCCGGACAACCGUUCUCUAUCCCCAACAGGCAUGUUUGUGCCUAAACCAAGUCCUGCACUCAAGUCUUCCAGACCUCUUCCACUAAUACUGCAAAGACCAUCUUUAUCAAGUCAAGUAUCUGGCGGAGGCCUAACUAACUCGGUCUCCUCACUGUCUAGCCCCCCGGAUUUAUCAGGUGAGGCACCAUCUGUAGAAGGUAAAAAGGAAUUCACCAGGUUCGUACUUGGUGUACCACCAACGAAAAGCCAGAAGAAUGGUACAACCUCAGAACCUGUGACUCCCAUGUUCAAGAAGAGUCUCUCUUUAUUGAAGCACAGCAAACCUGACACGAAUCGCUCUGCCUCGGAGCAACCCUCGGGGGAACCUGACUCCGUAGUCAGGAUUUCCUCACAGCCUCUCUCUGUGGAAGCUACAGUUUUAGACCAUAUUGUUCAGAGGGGGGAUAAGCCUGUGGCCUGUGUACCUGCCUCAAAACCACAGCACUCUCAUGUAUCAGACCAAAGUUCCUCUGCUGAAGGACCGCUGGUGGAAAGUGAAGCACAGGUGAAUGGUGGCAUUGCUGACAAAGACGAGCAUGUGACAAAAGCAAUAGAAGAGGCAGGGAGAACCUCUGUGGCAGCCGGAGACAUGGAGCCUAUGGCCUCGACCUUACAUUCAGGACAGGGGGGCCUUGGCACUCAACCAGUGGAGCCAGAAACAUCGACCAAGGAAAAGAAUGCUUCAGGCAAACUGUCUCAGAGGGAUGAAGUCUAUGACUUGCGGCUGUUGGAAACAAUUGCAAAAUUUGCCCCAGACACAGCUGACACUACUGGCAACAGGAACAGAGAAUUGUCUAGCAGUGAUGUAGAGGUGGGCAUUACCAGGAGUUCAGGGGCUGAAGUUGCAAAGUGCCCUGCUCUCACAGUCAAGGUCCCCAUCUCCCAGCUCCACAGAAUACCGACUACAUCUCCAGUUGUAAUAACCAGGCCUCUUGGAAUGUUCAGAGAUGCAUCAGUGCAAGCAGAGAGAGGCAUGAUGAUUGACAAAGAUGUAUUAGACACCUAUCUGGUGGUGAAACUAAGUGAGGCCAUGUUUGAUAUGAAGGAACAGCUGCAGAUGAUGGAAGCUCAGGUGGCCAGCAUCACCAAGCAGAAAGAGAGCCUGGAGAGAACCUUACAGGCAAAGACACAAUACGUCAGAGAUAUGACGACCACUGGGUUAAAACCAACUAUGGUGGACAAAGGUACACUGACGGACGAAACCCCUAUAUCCCCAGAACAAAUACACCCUCGAACAAACAGUGAAAGUUCAUCGCAAACCAAACCGAAACCAAAGAGUCGUAAGAGCGUUCAAACGCAAGAGAGGGGUUUUCAGACGCGGCCAAAGGUGUCGACUGUUGCCUGCCAAACUGAUGGAUUUUUGCGUUCCGUUCCUCCCCGACUACAGGUGCGGUCUCGCCCGGUAUGUCUGUACAGCUAUCCAGAGAGUGAGUUACAGCUUUACAUAGAAGAAGGCAAUAAGUCUGUAGUGCGCCCUAGUGAUACUCUCGAUGGCAGGAAGGAACCCACUUCUCUUGUUGGGGCUGGUUAUAACAAGUGGUUGAGCUCUGUACUAGGUGACGGAGAUUGCUCACGGUCUGUGGGUGUCAGUCCAAAGGUGCGCUUCUUGAAGGCAAUCAAAACCUCGUCCAAAACCCAGAGCUGUGCCCGGUGCUCUGCUGGUUCGAUGCAGGUGGACGCAACCACUUGUAAUUGUAGCAAUGUCGAAGCCUCUAGUGAGUCAAGUUCUACCUACAAGCAUGAGGCGACAUCAAAAGUCUGUUUCUCACCGCCCCUGCAUGCCACCGCAUCAAAACUCAUCGAACUCUAUUUUAAGCUCAAGGCUCUUCCAAAAGAGCCAGUUCAAGAGAGACACAUGGAAUCUGUUCUAGAAGCAGUGCACCACCUACUAACACACUUGCCCAUUGAAAUCAAGUCUCCCACACCGUCUACACCUGUGAAGCCAGCGGCUAGAACCUCUCUACAGAGUCCUGCAGUUUCAACAGGCCCUUCCUCAGUGGUAGAUUCACCAACUGCCUCAGACCCGUUGUCCCCUCCCUCUGGUGAACCAACGAUGUCCUCCCCUCCAUCGACGCCUGGUGCAGCCUCUUGGGCAAUGGGUGCAAAGAUGCAGGGGUUGGUAGACGUCUUACAGGAAUUGGAUGACCAGGGAAAGAAGGUGUUCCCGAAGUAUUUCAAGGCUGAACUAGCCCAGUUGCAGAAGAAAACAAAGGACACUCUUGCUUUCCUCACAGUGGGGUUGAGGCACGAGACAUUUUCCCAUGACAAGUUGGGCUGUAUUGUCGCCUCGGAUAUUCAGCUGCGUCCGUGGAGAAACCAAGAAUUAAAAGUUAACCCCUUUUUCCACAGGCUGUUCUUAGAUGUUGGUAUACGUGGGCUCCUGCACAAGAUGAACUACCUCAUGAGGCAGAACCGAAAAGGCCGUAGGCUUGGGAAGGAGAGCUCCGAGGAAGACUCUGAUCUUGAACUCCUGUGCAGUCCUCCUCCGUCUUCCGAGCAGAGGACGAGGGCACAAGCAACUUCUGGUUCCAGCAGGGCGAGAAAAAGAAAGGCAGUGACGGUGAAUGGCAAGAAGUGUAAGAAGACCUCCACUUCAAAGAGGGAGCGAAUUAGACAGCUUGCGUUAGAGAAACAAGUGAGAGGAGAUGCACGUGAUAUCACGAUUCUUGCUCCAAAACCCACCUCUCGAGAAUCCCAUCCCACACCAAGUACACCACCUACUGAUAGAUGUGACUUGGUGCCUGGCGCCUACACUUCAACUUCCAAAGUUUCCCGCACCUCAUCAUCUGAGGUUGCCAGAACUUCAACGUCUGUGAUUCCACUUGCAGCAACUUCAUCGCCAGUGACCACUAGUUCUCCAACAUCGCCCUCGCCAACAAGACUCUCUCCUUACAGUAAACUCAUUUCAAGA